GUCGUUUGGUGCAGACGUGUACAUCACUAAAGAAAGAAAAGCGCGCACCCAAGAACACGCGUUAGUUUAAAAAAUAAACGUUAAGUGUUUUAGUGAUGUGUUAACGGCAAAGACUUUAGUUCGCGUUCGUUGACUAGUGUUCCAGUUUGAUAAAUUGUAUUUGGGAAUAUUUAGUUUAAAUGCGUUAGAGACAAUGGAGAAAGUAUUAUUGUUCGCGAUCUGCGUGACGACGGUGGUGAGUGGUAGAUAUCUGAAGAGUAUUGAAGAGCCUCCGAAAGGAUGCGAAUGGCAAAUGCAACCCGUUUUCGAUAAUGAUUUGGUGGAGGAACCGGUGCUCUCGUGCCAAUUGAGAACCAUCAACGGAGCCGAUACUCUCCUCUCGAGUUUGACCCAGAGCCAAGCGGACCUCGUUACCGCAUUGAAAUUGGAGUGCAACGAUGUCCUCUUCUACGAAAGCACACUAGAAUCGAAACCGGAAUUCCUAUCAAAGCUACGCAAUUUGAAGGAUUUGAGGGUGGAGUAUUGCAAGAUUAGAAACGUUCCGGCGAUGGUCCUGACGCCCCUCAGGCACCUGAAGAGAUUCUCGCUGCGAUCGCACAACUCUGAUUGGUCUGCGAUGACGCUCGAACUGCAUCCGGAGAGUUUCAGAGGAAUGGUUGAGCUGCGAACGCUCGAUCUCGGGGACAACAACAUUUGGAAUUUGCCCGCGGAUCUCUUCUGCCCGUUCUACAGUUUAACGAAAGUUAAUUUGACGAAGAACAAGCUGCAGGACAUCACGAGUUUGGGAUUCUCGGAUUGGGGAAAAGGUCCUUUGGCUCCGGGCCUUGCUUGUGUCAGCCGCUUCGAAGUGCUCGACCUCUCCGAUAACGAGAUCAUCGCCUUGCCCGAUAACUCUUUAAGUGGAAUGCGAUCUUUGGAGGUGCUGCAUUUACAAGACAACGCGAUCUCCACGAUAGGAGACCGCGCUUUCGUUGGAUUAGUCGCAUUGCAAUCUCUAAACAUAUCGAGCAACUGUUUGGUGGCUCUUCCUCCAGAACUGUUUGUUUCAUCGAGGGAUCUUCGUCACCUUUACCUGCAGAACAACUCUCUCAGCGUCUUAGCGCCGGGACUUCUCGAAGGAUUGGAUCAAUUACAAGUGCUCGAUCUUUCACGCAACGAACUUUCGACACGUUGGGUUAACAGGGACACGUUUUCCGGCCUUGUUCGUUUAGUCAUCCUCAAUCUGGCUCACAAUCAAUUGACGCGUAUCGAUUCAAACAUAUUCCACGAUCUGUACACCCUGCAGGUCCUGAGCCUCGAACACAACAAUAUUGAUUUCAUCGCGGAGGGUGCCUUUACUGAGUUGAAGAAUCUGCACGCCCUCACCCUCUCUCACAACAUGAUUAAACAGAUCGAGUCGCAAUUCUUCACCGGAAUGUUUGCCCUGCAUGAACUUCUACUGGACGCCAACGAGAUCGAAUACAUCCACCCUCUGGCCUUCGAGAACGUGACUAAUCUACAGGACCUUGGUUUGAAUGGAAACUCUCUUGGUGGCAUACCCGACGGACUCGGUAAAUUGAGGUUCUUGAAGUCUUUGGAUUUGGGUAACAACCACAUCGAAUCCGUGCAUAAUUCAUCGUUCGAAGGGCUCGAUCUGCUGUACGGACUUCGGCUCGUCGACAAUCAUAUCGUGAAUGUAUCGCGCGACGCCUUCUCCACGCUGCCUUCUCUCCAAGUCCUGAAUUUGGCGUCGAAUAGGAUAAAAUACGUGGAACAAAGCGCAUUUGCAAGUAAUCCUACAUUGAAAGCAGUUCGUUUGGAUGCGAAUGAACUUUCUGAUAUUAGCGGCGUCUUCACCAAUCUCCACAGCCUCAUUUGGUUGAACGUCUCUUCGAACAGUUUGAUUCAUUUCGAUUUUAGUCAUUUACCUACGAAUUUGACGUGGCUUGAUAUGCACAACAACCGGAUCACGGAUCUGGGAAAUUUCUACGAUGUUCGUAGCACGCUGAAGAUCAAGAUGCUCGACGUUAGUUUCAAUUUGAUUGAGAAAAUCACCGAGGAUUCCGUGCCGGAUAGCGUGGAGACGCUGUUCUUGAACAAUAACCGCAUAAAUUUGGUGCAGCCGAACGCGUUUCAGAAUAAAUUGCAUUUGGAGAAAGUCGUGCUCUAUGGGAACGAUAUUAAAUAUCUGGACGUUGCCGCUCUUAGUAUUUCCCCUGUAUCCGAUGAUCGAGACUUGCCGCAAUUCUACAUCGCCGGGAAUCCGUUUUACUGCGACUGCAAGAUGGAAUGGUUGUUGAGGAUCAAUCACAUGAGUUCAUUGAGGCAGUACCCGCAAGUGUUGGAUCUGGAUAGCGUGACCUGCGAGCUGGCGCACUCAAGAGGAUCGCCGCCUCAACCUCUGCUCGAUUUAAAGCCGAGCCAAUUCCUGUGUCCGUACGAGUCUCAUUGUUUCGCCGUUUGCCAUUGCUGCGACUUCAACGCUUGCGAUUGCGAGAUGACCUGUCCCAAUAACUGCAGCUGCUACCACGACCACACGUGGUCCUCGAACGUGGUCGACUGUAGCAAUGCCGGCUACACCGAAUUGCCCGAGAAAAUACCGAUGGACGCGACUGAAAUUUACCUGGACGGCAAUAACUUAGGCGAGCUCGGCAGUCACGUAUUCAUCGGCAAGAAAAAACUGGAGGUUCUGUUCCUGAACAACAGCAACAUCGCGGCCGUACAUAAUAGGACGUUCAACGGCGUUAAAUCACUCAAAGUCCUGCACAUGGAGAACAAUAAAUUGGAGGAGCUGCGCGGUUUCGAGUUCGAUCAACUGGAGCGACUCAGCGAACUAUAUCUGGACCACAACAAGAUCGCGUACGUCGGCAACAACACCUUCGGAAAGCUGAGAAAGUUGGAGGUGCUCAAAUUGGAUGAGAACCGGAUCGUGGACUUCACGCCGUGGCAGCAGCUGGCGUCGCACACAGACACGACGCCGCGCGUCUCCUUGGAAGGCAACAAGUGGUCGUGCGAAUGCAGCUCGUUGGCCCGUCUCGAGGUUUGGCUGAGGGAAACGGGAGGAGAUCCAUCGAAGAUGUUCUGCUCGGAAAAUCGUGGGACUGAAACUUUGUCCGAUGUAAUCAGGCGGUGCGGAAACACGGUGAACGCUGUUGCCACCUCCGUGAUCCAACGCGACGUCUUCAAGAACAACCCUCUGCUCGGAGGCACUUACAUUCCUUUACUCGCCGCAACCCUCGUCGCUAUCAUCGUCAUUUGUUUAAUCAUCGCCGUGGCGUUCGUCUUCAGACAAGACGUGCGAUUGUGGGCGCACUCCAAGUACGGAAUCCGUUUAUUCCACGAUUCCUCCGCUUCCGAAGCCGAUGAUCGCUUGUACGAUUGCUACGUGGUUUACAGCCACAAAGACGAGGACCUCGCCGCCAGAAUUAUCGCCCCCGAAUUGGAACAAUCCGGGUACUCGAUGUGUCUCCACUACAGGGAUCUUCACCUCAUGGGCGGCGCUUCUUAUCUCGCCGAUGCCAUGGUUGGAGCGGCGGAUGCUUCGCGAAGGGUCAUCUUCAUAGUGUCUCCAGGUCUUCUGAACAACGAGUGGGCUCGUCCCGAUUUCCGAGCGGCUUUACAAGCGGCCCUUCGCACCGGACAAAAACUAGUUUGCGUUUUGCACGGCGAUCCUCUGGAGCCGAUGGAUCCGGAGCUGAGGGACCUUUUGCGUGCGUGCACUGUGACCAGGUGGGGUGAACGUCGCUUCUGGGAGAAGCUCCGUUUCGCCAUGCCCGAUAUCAACAUGCGUUCAGUAAGGAGGAGCGCGAAGAAACCUGCGGCGGAUAUCCGCUGCAAGACGAGCGCCAGAUACACGGCCGCUCCCACGGCCCCAGAAGUUUGGUAUAAGUAUGCGACAAUGCCAGGAGUCCAUUCCGCUCUCACCCCGACGCCCACUCAGAGCACUUACGUGAGUGGAGAAUCUGCAAGAAGCACCGAAGACGAAGCCGGUUCCAGCGCAAGCAGUCAACACUACGGAGGUUCCGAGCAGCUGAACCACAGUUACGUCUCCAUCGACGGUAGACCCCCGCAGUACACUCAAAUACCUCCGUGCCGUGAACCCCAUCACCUCUACUCCACCAUUCCCGACUCGCAACCGCCCCAAUCGCGAACGUACUUCGUUUAAUUCCCAAAAAAAAAAACGAUUAUUCAAAGGCUGUUUUUAAUUUUAGUUGAUCCCCUAUAUAUUUAUAACUAAGAAAAAGCAAAUAAUAAUAAUACUCGCUCCCAUUAUACGAUAC